CAGAAGCAGAUAAGGGAAGGCACACGACGCAACUAUCCUCCCAGCCCCCAGGGAAGAAGCCUACGUUUCCACGCUCCCUCCCCUUGUCCCCACUCCAAUGGCGCCCUCCCUCCUCGCCGCCGUGUCCGCCUCGCCCUUCCUCCUAGCCGGCAGCGGCAGCAGCCGCAGGCCCCUGGGCGCCGCCCCCAUCCGCCGGGCCGGGCUGCGCGUGGCUGCGCUUAAGUACGACCCUGCCAAGGUGGCGCCGCAGAACGACCGGGUGCUUGUCCGUAUCCAGCAGAUCCCUGAGAAAUCUGCUGGUGGUGUAUUGCUACCGAAAUCUGCUGUUAAGUUUGAGAGAUAUCUGAUGGGCGAGAUUCUAUCGGUCGGUGCUGAUGUUAGUGAAGUUGAGGCUGGGAAGAAGGUUCUCUUCUCAGACAUCAAUGCUUAUGAGGUGGACCUUGGUACCGAUGAGAAGCACUGCUUCUGCCGCGAGUCAGAUCUAUUAGCUUUGGUUGAAUGAAAUUUCAUACCAUGAAAAUUACGGACUUACCUAUGCUCCAACUGCAUGGACUUAUGUUGUUCCUACUUUGUUGUAUGCCAUUUGAUAUUUGAAUGUUCGUGAAUUCAGCUUAGCUUCUAGAUGAGUGUUAGUCACCAUUGAAUUUUGGCCGCCAUAAACUGGAAUUAUGUUAAUGCCCAAAUUGCUUAGAUAUUAUGGAUAAGAAAUUGUGUGAACGGAACUUGAAAGUUGAAAUGGUUACAUUUCUCAUCUGGUGUUUGUGCU